UUAUUUUCAACUAACUUAAGAAGUCUUAUGAAGAUAUAAGAGUGUUAAUAACCGGGUCAUUUACGGUUAACUCCUUUAUAGGGGCUCUACUCUUUUUUGGUUUUGCUGUUUAUUUCAUGAGUUGCUAUUUCUAUGUUACGCAAAGUGAUAUACAUGAAUGUUUUGCAGCAUCUUGUAUAUAAUGUAAAGUUGGAAUGUCAUUCUGCUUUCGCUUCCGUCCUGUAUCAUUACCAACUUUUGUAUCAUAUACUGCAUGGGUCACAUUUUGCCCUGGUCCUCGACAAUGGCUUUUGAAGAGGUUGAAAGCAGUGACGUCUCACGUGUCAUAUGACUGGCUGGAUGACCCCUCGAGGAUCCUCAUCCUCAGGCCAAGCUGAGUUCUUUGACGCUUCUCUUCACCGCUCCUCGCCCCUAUCACACCACACGAUGAAGAUUGCUGAAAAAGAGAUCAGCAGACUUCUAAUGGAGAGCAUUAUGUUGAGUAUUACGGCAUGCUUUCGGCUCACGCAUCGUAAUUCAUCUACAAAAGUAAAGAAAGUGUUCCAUGCACCAACGCGAACCUGCCGCGAAAGUUUUCACCUUGCAAAUAGUGACGUCACUGUAAGGGGCACAUGUGAAGGGCUGGCGGGGGCAACAGGUGAACUGGUCAUCAGUGGUACCCGUGCGCUUCGCGGGGUUGGAUACACAGGACGUGCGAGGGUCACGACAGCGUGAACAUUCCAGCCCUCGCCCGCCGAAAACUCGUUUCCAUAAACUUUAUAGUUGUGUCCGAAGGGCCCUGAUAGCGUGGCUCCUCAGUAGUGUGAAGCUCCCCUUUCCUGUGACAAAUCGUCCACCACCUCACCUUAUGGAUAAGACACAGCAUACCAAAAUUUGCCAAAAUAAUUUCAGUGUAAGAGGAGGAAGCACUAGAGAGCUGCAGAGUUAACCCUGUCUGGACGUGACCAUAGUAACAGGGAGAGGUGAGCGGAAGUUUCAUCACCCGUCGUAGAACCUGGAGAUUAAUGACUUUCUUAAUAAAGGCGCCCAUCAUGUUCAGCUUCCGCGUAUGAUCAAUCUUGAUCUUGCCAUAUCAGAUUUCUUAGAAGUGUGAAUGCCUUGCAGUAUUGAUCAUCCAUCAUACGCUGUUAAGAUGAUCGACACAAACAGCCAGCAAGAGGGGCGACCCAAGAGUCGGCCUUGCCAUCUGUUGCCAUCACCUGAUGAGGACAACAAGAACAGCAGCAGCAGCUCAGAGGAAAAGUAUGGCCUGCGACCCAGAACCAUUAUCAAGCGUCUGCAGCAGGACCGGGGUCACCACCAUGUGCCCAAGAUACCCAAAGGCCUGGCGCGUCCGAAGUCGAGGCCGGCGCCACUCUCCAAGUACCGCAGGAAGACAGCCAACGCCCGGGAGCGGCAUCGCAUGCGAGAGAUCAACAACGCCUUUGAGUCACUGCGGCGCGUGCUGCCAGACAAGCUUGAAAUGGAGGCGGCCUCGUCCAGUAUGACUAAGAUCACCACGCUGCGCCUCGCCGCCAACUACAUCAGGGCCCUGAACGACGUGCUGCAGGAGGAGGGUGGCGAGGCGCUCUGCUCCCUGCAAUGCAGCGCGCAGAGCCCUCUCCUGCGAGUGGCGCCAGCCCCGUCUCACCACCACCUGCUGGACUACUACUCCCCCGCCACCCACAUGGCCGCCUCUACCUCGCGAGGCACACUCAGCACCAGCAGCUGCAGUGACUUGGAGGAUCUCCUUUCCGACGAUUCCUGCAGCCUCCUCGACGACAACUUCGACGUGUUUCACGACAUCCCGAGCUUAUCUCUUCCAGAUCCGUCAGAGCUUCUCCUGGGAGAGGAAAGAGACAAUCUUGCCUUUUAUACGUAAUUGUGUAACUAAGCAAUGAUACUUGACUUCCAGCGGUGGUGUGAUAAAGGUGUGUGGACCGAUAGGACAGUAAAAAGUUACUUGUGGCUUGACUGUAAUGUCCACUUUUCUUUUUUAUCUGCACACUAUUUUUUACCAUUCACACACACACACACACACACACACACACACACACACACACACACACACACACACA